AUGCCGGCUCCCAUGGGAAACAGGUAUGCUACUAGGAGCCAAAGGUCUUCCAACGUGGCUAAAAAAGCAGCCAGAAACGCGAUGAUGAAAGUACCUGGGGGUACUGCCAAUACCAAUGUCAAAACUGCAGUCAAUACCGAUACCAAUGACCCUACUGCCGGAGUUACGCAGAAUCAACUGGAUAGAGUAGUACAAUCUGUUAACGAUGCUACGAAUAGGCUCUCACAACCAGAAUCUGCCUUUAGUAUUAGUACGACUACUAAAUCUUCCAAGAGAAGGUCUAGAGACACGGUAGGACCUUGGAAACUGGGCAAGACAUUGGGUAAAGGAUCCUCAGGACGUGUAAGACUCGCUAAAAACAUGGAAACGGGUCAAUUGGCUGCUAUUAAAAUUGUACCGAAGAAGAAAUGUAAAAAUGACCCUGGUUCUCAUUCAUCUUCCAAAUCAACCGAAUCAGAUUUUUCUGCAACGAUGAAUACUACAACCAAUACUAACCGUGCUACGACGAACGGUGGUACAAAUGCCAAUGCUGGUCCUAGUGAAGUUCCGGCAAAUCCAUAUGGUAUAGAACGUGAAAUUGUCAUUAUGAAAUUAAUUUCACAUUCAAACAUUUUAGGUCUUUACGAGGUUUGGGAAAAUAAAUCAGAGUUGUAUUUAGUCCUAGAAUACGUCGAUGGUGGUGAACUGUUUGAUUAUUUGGUGUCAAGAGGUAAAUUGGGUGAACGAGAAGCUGUUCAUUAUUUCAAACAAAUUGUACAAGGUGUAUCCUACUGUCAUUCAUUUAAUAUUUGUCACAGAGACUUAAAACCAGAAAAUUUGUUGCUGGAUAAAAAGAACAAAAGUAUCAAAAUUGCAGAUUUUGGUAUGGCAGCCCUAGAGGUUUCCAAUAAACUUUUACAGACUUCUUGUGGGUCACCUCAUUAUGCCUCGCCAGAAAUUGUUAUGGGGAGACCUUAUCAUGGUGGUCCCAGUGAUGUCUGGUCGUGCGGUAUCAUUUUAUUUGCUCUAUUGACAGGACAUCUGCCGUUCAACGACGAUAACAUCAAGAAAUUGUUAUUAAAAGUUCAAUCAGGUAAAUUCCAUAUGCCCCAGAAUUUAUCAGCAGAGGCAAAGGAUUUAAUGUCAAAAAUCCUGGUGGUAAAUCCAUUCAAAAGAAUUGCAACUGAAGAAAUUUUAAAUCAUCCACUUUUGACUAAAUAUGAUAAGUUGGUUAAACCUGUCAAAUACAGAUCUUCAGUUAAUCCAGUGGCAUUGUCUCAAGGGAAAUCUAAUUCUGAUCUGCAUGUAUUGGAUGCGUCGAACUCUAACAUCGUCGAUUUACGUUCACGAGAAGAUAUUGACGAUUCGAUUGUUAGCAAUUUACAAAUUUUAUGGCAUGGCGCAUCUCGUGAAUUGAUUGUGGCUAAACUUUUACAACCCAGAAUGUCUGAGGAGAAGUUAUUUUAUUCACUUUUACUAAGCUAUAAGGAGAAGCAUUCUCCAAAACCAGAAUCAGAGGCACCUCCACAAUUUGAGCCCACUCAACCUACAGAUGAAAUUCAACAACCACAACUUGCUCCAUUACAACCACCUAGCUUGGAGCCUACGCUGGCGCCCGAAGUUGUUCAACAAUCAUUACCAGCACAAGACGAAGAGGAUGAAGAAGAAUUAACAAAAUCGCAAACGACUAAUGAGGAAGAUUCAUCACAACUGAAUGAGAGUCAAGAUACCAGUGCCCCCAAAUUACCACAAAAAUCACAAUUCAGUGCAUCUUCUAUUGAUCAACAUUCCAUGUCAGGAUUCUCAUCUAUGCAAAGCGCUGCAUUAUCAGGGGUGCCUUCAGUACCUGCUAAUUCCUUACCUCCUGCUAUGCCUAUAUUUACGGCACCAUCCUCAAGAACCUUCAAGAACAGUGGACCUGCACUUUCAAUACCUUCUAAGAAAUCUUUAAAACAUUCUGCCUCGAAGACUUCGCUAAAUCAUUCUGCCUCGAAGAAAUCGCUGCACCAUUCUGCGUCAAGAAAAUCACUAGUCCAUGCAUCUCCUUCUACUACCUCAUUGCAUAACUCUGCUUCUAAAAAGUCUUUGCAUAACUCUCCUCCAAAGAAAACAUUGCAAAAUUCUGCUUCUAAGAGGUCACUAUAUUCACAGACCUCCAUCUCCAAAAGAUCUUUGAAUUUAAGUGAAUAUGUUGCUACUGAAAAUGCAGUAAUUAGUGAAAUGGAACAACAGUUGAAGCCUAAUCUUCCAUCUUCUGAAUCCAAUGGUGAUUUCGAAAAGCUUUGUGAACAAAUCUUGUUCGGUAAUGCUUUGGAAAAGAUUUUGGAAGAGGAAGAAGAUGAUGGUGCUUCAGCCACAACAAGUAACACUUCCCAAAGGACUUUAACGAAGGUAGACGCUUCACAGCGUUCGCCUCAUUCAUCUGAUUCCAAGAAUAAAACACCGGCGGCUAAAACUAUUCCACCUGCGUUUGAAUUGAAUACACCAGAAUCUGAGGAAGAACAACAACUACGUGCAUCUGCCCAUAAGAAUCUUUUGGCUGAAGAAAAUAAUAGAUACCCAUUCAAAGAUAUCACGAAUAAUCCAACUUUGGCACCAAGCGAUUCUAAACCUUCAAAAUCAAAGAGAGAUGUAUCUCAAAAGUCUGAUUUGAGCGAAGUCUUAAAUUCGAAUCAAUUUGGUGGCUCUACUUUUAGCUCUAACGACGUAUUACGCAAUAAUUCACGCAAAUCCGAAUUUAAGCCAUCUUUAAGAGUGACCAAUGAUGUACGCUCGGCCUCUGAGAACCAAUCUAAGCCAGUUCAACCAAGUUAUUCGUUGGACCCUCGUCGUAAUGCGACGCAACCCGUCAACCCUAAGGUAGUUGCAAGUUUAUUGAAGCGUGCCAAAACAAAGAAAAAUAUAAGAGAUGCAAGGAAAAGUGGUGAUUGGAGUUAUAUCAGCGGAUCUCAUUUUAAUACCAAUACUGAUAUUAAUUUCGACGAUAAACUGGAAAAUAUAUUUGAUCAUGGGUUCAACAAUCGGUUAGAUGGUAAUCUGGAAAGAGGCUUGGUAGACUCUGGUCUGAAAAGGGCAAGUGAAGAUACAAGAUCUUCUUUAUGGCAACCAAGUCUACGUGAUAGUCACGUUGAAUCAGAUGCCGAACACAAUACUUCUGGUACCAAUGAAUUUUUCGAUACUUCAGAUGUUAAUGUAUUAGCACAUUCUAGUAUUAUUCAAAAACCUAACGAUGUUACGAGACAACCUUCGUUAUUGAGUCAUACCGGUACAUUUAAGAAUUUGAGUGAGUACUUGCACAAAGAGGGCAAUGCUAAUAACAUUGCAAAUCGUUCUCAUGAAGAAAAUCCAUCAAACGUUAUGCGUAAGAAAUCUACAGAGCUAAACUUGGCUCCGAGAAGUACACUUACUGCUGCCUUGGAUCCUAAAGACAGAAGCAUGUAUACCAAUUCCUUUAUGAGCAACAUGUCAGAUAUGAGUUACGUUAUGGAGAUGCCUUCUCGAACCUAUGAAGCACAAGCAAUUGAAGUGUCGAAUAACAGUUCGGCGGACGAUAUCACCGAUCUCCCAGUAAACAGCGACAGAGAAUUCGGUCAAUCAAGUUCACAGGGUCAACAUACCACUGCUACUUUUGAAGAUAACAACGUUAACAUUUUUGAAGAUGCACCAGUAGAUUCUGAUUCUUCAGAUACUGCUUCUGAAGACUCACAACAGAACGUUCGUAGGAAAGCUGUUUCUAUUGAUACUUUGCACACUACAAAUGUUUUGACACCAGCUACAAAUGUUAGAGUCAGUCUUUAUCUGAACAACAAUAAUCAUACAGAAUCUCCGCUGAAAAGGGAGACUACAGAGGAAAUUAUUUCUAAAUUCAAGCUGUCACCAGAGAAAUCAUCCCAACCUUUGGUUCAAAAGCGGUAUUCUGCACUUGCCGCCAAUCGUAACAGUGAUAUUCAUAGUACGAUGACGAUGUUUAAGGAUUUGGAGGAAGAGCAAGAUGCAGAGGACAUUUCACAAUGGAAACCAUCAGAAUCACCUGCAGGUGAGGGACAGGAAAAACCUAAUAGAGUUACAAUGCUUUUCGAUAACGAAGAAGAAAUGCCACAAUUGGAGCAUCAAAUUACACCUACACCAGAAGUUCCACAGAAGAAUGAAAAUAGAUCAGUUCCGGAUACUAAGUCGACAAGAGCAAGUGAAGAGAAAUCGAUGAAAUCGAUAGACGAAGGAUUACAAAAGGCUGAGGAACUACCACAUACUAAUGAAAGUUCUAAACAGUUGAAAGAACCUCCUAUGCAUGCACCACCUCAACCAAAAUCGAAGGUGAAAUCAUCGGGUAGUCCUCUUCCAGCUAAAUCUAAGAAAUCAAAGCCAAUGAAAGAGAAAUCACAAACGGCAACAGCGGCUUCUACAGCCACUCCUUCUGCCCCUCCUAAUGUUUCGAAUUCUGCAGCGGCUACGCCUUCCUCAGCUUCGCCUGCACCACGUAAACAAAACUGGUUCACUAAAUUAUUUGGUGGUUUUAAAUCUCAAAAGAGUGAUCUGGGUCGUUUACAACAGGACCAUUUUACCAAAAUUUCAUUUGACGAUGCACAUCUUUUAACAUUACACGAAUUUGAUAAGAAUGCCGUGGAAUAUCAUUUGAAAAGUUUAGAUCAUAAGUUACAUGAUGAAAAAGUGGAAUACGAUUGUAAAUUCCCAACUGGAUUUGCUUUCAAAAUAAAAAUCACCACAACAGUUCUCGGUCAAAAAAAUUCUACAAUUCUAACUGUCAAGAAGAAAGGUAGAAAUACCUCGUCUGAUGUUAAAGGUGCAUUCCAAAUGUUCAAUCAAAAUGUCGCUAAUGUGAUUAGGGAAGCUGAAAUGGGUUAUAAUGUAUAG